CCCUCUCAGUAAAAUGCUUUGCGCAAAACGUGAACUUUUGUUUAUUUUUAUGAUUGUUAGGAAUGGGGGAAGAGAAACUCCGAUCUAGAGUCUAACCAACGAUAGUAGUUUCUUAUUUAUGCACUAUGUUAUGUGUAGAAUCAGCUAUAAACAAGAAUCAGCUGAAGUAGUGCAUCCAAUUUCCAUUAGUCUUAACAAUAACAGGGUGUGGUAUGGUGUGGUAUGGGCAUGGCCAAUCAAUUUCUUUAGUAUUCAAUGACCUUCCUUUCGUCGUUCACACUGUGACGAACGAUUUUUCUGGACUCUAACUGAGCAAUAGAAUAUUGUUUGACCUUAAGAAUAAUCGCAGCAAUGUAUGCGCCGUUUUUCUCGUUUUAGUUCUCGUUUCAAUUGAUGAAAAUCGCUACGUGGACAGAAGCAAGCUCCGUCAAGUUACUGUAGAGUAAAAAAAAUUGAGUUCGCUUGAAAUUUUUGUAGGGAAAUUGAAUUCAGUUAAAUGCAACAUUUUCCGCAUUUACCAGAUUUUUUAGAGAGUUAGCUUGAAAGUUUUUACUCUUUGGUUAAAAACCCAAUCUUUUUCUAUGGUUUGUAAAUCUUUUAUCAUCAAAAAAGGCUUUUCUACACCUUAACAAGUGAUAAAAGGGAAAAGAAUAAACUUUACUCGUCGUUAAUUAUUCCAAAUUAAAAAAAUCUCUAAUAAUCUAAAAUUUUUAUCUCUAUAAUAUCUAUUUAUAAAGUUUUUUUAAGAAUGACUAAAAAGUCUAAUUAAUUUUUUACGUAAAAGCCGUUUAAAUGAAAACAUUUUUACAUGAAAUUAAAAUAUAUUGCAGUAGCGUUUUGGUUACUGCUUGCUUUUCAAAUUGAAUCCAUUUUGUACCAGCUGCAAUCAUGCGCAGUGGCACUGUUAAGUUUCAUGCGCUCAGUGUUUUCAAGAAAUAAACUUACUUUCUCUUAUCUUAUCGGUUUGGAUAAGAUCUCAUUCGCAAGGAAAAUAAGAGCUUAUCUUUCGAAGCCCUGUCGUUGCUUUCGAGAAAACGAGUUUUGUGGGCCUUCUUUCUAGUUUUCUUCGACGUGAGCAAUCCAUUCUCUCGAAACGAUAACAUUAUCAUCAAUUUCUUUUAUCUAUGUGUCAUCAUCCAAUUUGGUAUGAUCAGGGGAUCUGACGCAAGUCGGAAUAUGAGGAGGCAAGGACAAAUGAAAGACAUAUGACAAAAAACUUCUUCUUUGUUACUAAAAUGGAAAAAGUUGGGGGGAUAGCAGUCUUGCUAAUUGUCAAAGAUCCUGAUAAUGAGCACGAAUCUGGUAGAAUUUUCAUGUUUGAAAAAAGCCCUUUGUCAUCCAAUUGCAUAUGCCCAUCCAAGAAUUCUUCCAGAUAUUUCUAUUGCUGCUUAGCAUAUUUUGUACUCAAUUUAGAAAACAGAAUUUUUACCAGCGAUAGAUAAAUUGGUAUUGGUUACUGUUAACACGAUAGGUAACUUUUAAAAGUCCACAUGAAAUGGAAAAGAGGUUGCCUCGUAUUUCUUCUGGCGCGUAAAUUGGAAUGACGCGAGCAAGUAUAAAGAUGGCCACACUGUGAUGAGUUUGCAGAAGAGUUACACUCAGUUCUCAGUGGUUGCCUAUUUAAAGAUAUGACAAUCAUCAAAGCACUUCAAUUCCCAUUGGUUCCCUUCAAAUGUUUUAGUAAUAAUGGCUCAAAGAGCAGGCUACAGGAACUAGCUUGGUUGUUAGAGAAGUGAGCCCUGCAGAUUUCUGACUGCAAAACAUCCUUUUUUCCCUCAAGGUGUCAUUAAGCUACAAUUUGCUAGAUAAUGCUCCUGGACGCUCAGAAAAGAUAGUGACAGCAAGUUAUAGAAUCCAGAUUUUGCCAGAUUGCUGUCUCUUAGAUAAUGGAUUCAAUUGAAGAUGACAUGAAACUCCUCUUAAGUGCUUUGAGGUUCAAUAAAGAUGAUGUUGAGCAGCAAACACAGACUCUUAAAACCUUAGCAGCGUUGUGUUCAAAUGACAGAGGCAGUGAAUACCUGCAUAAACUUGGAGGCCUUAAGAUAAUUACCGAAUUAUUCUGCAGCUCGUCGUCGCCUAAAGUUAAGCAGUGGUCGUUAUUUGUGCUGUCCAAUGCAGUUAAGGAUCAUGCUCCAAGCAAGAAGCUUCUUUGCAUCCCAGAGAUGUUGAAGAGGGUUGAGCUACUGCUGAGUUAUAAGAAACCAAAUGUUUUGACAGUUUCUGCUGCAAAUUUCCUCUUGUCACUUUGUGCCAACCACGACGCUGCUCAAGACCAAGCACGAAUUAGUGGAUGCUUACAGAAGCUUCUAUCUCUUUAUCGACUAUCUUUGCCAAGACCCGAUGUUUGGUUUGAAACGCCAGAUGAUUUCUCAAAGACUUUGUGGAUUACCGUAUCCACUGCGCUUGGGAGCACUAUGAGCAAUCCCCACAAUGACAAGAAUCAGCUUCGUUGUGGUGAUGUGCUACCCCAAGCAAUAAGCAUGCUGAAAAAUGCCAAUGAACAGGUGUUAACCACUGCACUUAAUUUUAUUGGACACGUUAUCAGCGAAAAUGAGAACACCCAAAGAAUGCUUGGCCUUGUCGGCGGUUUCAACGGACUCAUUUCAUUGCUCAAAAGAGCAAUUGAUGGCAACGAGCUUGACAAGCCAGAUCUCCUUUCCCAUGUACUAACAACAAUCAGUUGGGGUUUGACUCAUUUUGAGGAAAAUAAGAAAAGAGUUGGAUCGCUUGACCUAAUUUCACUUCUUGUUGGCGUCUUGAAUGACAGUAGAAUGUCUGAUAAUGUUGUUUAUAGCUCACUACUUUGCCUGUCACGUUGCGUCGAUAACUGCGAUUUCAAUCAAAAGCUGCUGCAGGAUUGUAAUGGGCCUGAGACCAUUAUAUCAAUACUGAUUCGAACGGAGAACGAGAAAGUGAGAAAAGUUACCCUAGGGAUCCUUCAAGACUGUUUGCCAAUUGAAAACUGUAAAAACUUCCUGAAACUAGAAAGAUCCUUAGAUGUUUUUCCAAGGAAAGAAGACAAAAACCCAGUUCUUAGCCCGAAACCUUUUUUUGUUGGGAAUAGUCUCAAAAUGGAGAAGAAUUCGUCAGAGUCUCUUAGGAAGCUAAAUAAAGUGACAGAUGAAGAAAACACAACGAGAAAAAACUUACGUCUUGAAAAGGAUAGCUUUAAGAAAUUAAGCCAAUUGCGAUUAACGAACGAGAUAUCUAGAGAAUCUGACCAGGUCUCUGUAGCAACUGAAAAGACUUCAAAAGAGCAGGACAUUGAUACUGGGAGCAUUUUAGACAUUCUUGAAUGCCAGAACGAAAUGAUCAAGUCUGUAAAACAGCAACUAGAUGACAUAAAGGAAAAUAGGAUGGCUAGUAUGUGCGGUAGCUGCUCAAGCUCUGUUGUGAUCUCAGCACCCGUGAAAAUGAGAAGGGCUUCCGAUAUGUUGUCAGUUAGAACUGACGUACUGCGUGGCAAAAGGGCUGGUAGCAGAGUAUACCCAGAGGCAUCUCGGUUGAAAGGCACUCCUGCCAAGGUAGCAGAUAGAUCUUCGGCGAUGCUGACUGCAAAUGAUGACUCUGCUUCCUGUGCAUGGUACCAUUCGAGAGAAAUGUCCUUAAGUGGGUUGUCCCAGAAAAGAUGCGAGUCCGGCCGCCUCAGCAGUCGAAACAGAGCAGCUGGUACCAAUGGGAUAUUCAAAAUUCCAAAUACAAAUACCCUAUCUCUUUCGUCAAGGUUUUCAUCUUUGGGAAAUGGUAAACAAAACCUGACGAGAAAGGCCCAAGACACAUCCAAAGAGGCAGUACUGAGUUCAUCGCAAAGGCGUAAGCUGCGCGCUCAGCCAUACCCGAUGCUUGCAAAAUGCCGCAAUAAUAAUGAUGCUGAUGGUGAAGAGAGUAUUAAGGACCAUGUCUCACAGAUCGAAUCUGUAGGCGGUGAAUCUUUAAAAGUAACCAUAACUAGAAAGAAUGUACGACAUGUUGACCAACUGCCACAAAUGAUCAAGCCAUCUAACGCUGAAGGGAAUCACAAUGGGUUUUUAAUCGUAAGCAGGGAUGUACAGCAGCCAUCAGAGACACAAAAGUCUGAGUGCAGUAACAAUACUUUGUGCACAAGGAAUAAGAAGAAGGUCUUGAUGAAGCGGAGCUACGGCGAAAUGUUGCUCAGGAGCAAACCGCGAGCACUCCGCGGGAUUCCCACUGAACAGCAGUCAUGCCACGAGAAAGUUGAGGGAUGGAUUGAGAAGAAUCUAUUAUCUAAAGAAAAAUAUAAAAAAGGCUCUCUUUCUGUCUCUAAAAGUUCUUCAGCUGAAGGGAAAGAUGACUUUUUAUCGGCCAAAGGUGGAGAAACCGCGUGGUCAGCGAAAACGAAAGAAGAUGUGACAAAAACAAGAGAAACGAAAAGAGAUUCUGAGGCAAAUGUGGAAUCUUUGGCAAAGGAUGAUCAAAUAGACAAUACAAUCGAUGAGGCAUCAACCCCCUGCAAUACUUUGCUAUCAAGGUCAAUUAAUACAGGCUACAAAGUAAGACGGGUGCUUACUUUCAAGAAGGAUAAUGCUCGUGGUCAUGGCAAAAGUUCCAGUGCUAUUGAAGGCCUUUUGGACUGUGAUGAACCAGUAGAAAAGUCAACCGCAUUUGCAUCAGAUGAUGAAUUAAUAUCUGAAAUAUCGAGUCACUGCCAGCAGCUCGAAGUUGGAAAUAAACCGGAGACAGCAUCAGACAGCAACACAAUCUUAUCCAGCCACGAAAAGUCAAAAGAAAAGUGUCUCGGCUGUUAUCCGUUUGACCGAUUUCCAUUUUUUGUCUUGAAUAGCAGAAACUGCAGUGCUGCCUUGCGAAAAGAUAACCAUACUUGUGCGUUUCACAGAAGCAUGAUUAAUAACGAGGCGAAACUUGAAUCUCGUAUUUUCGACAGCAGCAUUUCAAAAAGUUCUGCUAUUCACUUAUCUCAAGAGACUAGCGAGUUAAAACAUUUCGAGACUGAGUCGUUCAAACAACGUGGCUCGUUCUCUGAACAUUCUUCUAGCAAGUCAAGAAACGCUUCAAGACAGAAUUUCAUACAUCCCCGCCAGGCGCAUGGAAAAGAACCAAAUGUUUACACCACGAAAUACGGGAAAAGACGCAGAAUUAGGAAAAAUUAUGAAGAUUAUGAGGUGGAAAAUCUUCAUAAAGGUGUGAAAAGGUUUGGAAAAAGAUGGAACGCGAUUCUGAAUGCUUAUAAGUUUCAACCUGGCAGAUCUGCAAGUGAUCUCAAAGACAAGUACAGAAAACUAAAUAAGUCUGCGAAUUCAAGUAUAGAAACGCAAGAAUCGACUCAUGCGAAGAUGAACUCUAUCUUACCGUUCACUGCUCAAGAGAUCGUCAACCUCAAAAUUGGUUUUGGAAGAUACGGUGCCAGAUGGAAGACAAUUCUUAACAAUUUCAAGUUUCAAGAAGGAAGAACUGCCAAAGAUCUCGAAAUGAAGUCCACAAGUGUUCACAAAAAGUUGUAAAUAUGUAGAUAGAGUCAUCUUGGUAAAUGAUAUUGACAGCAAGGAAGGCUAUGCAAUGGGGGUGAACCUACUACCCCUUCUCUCUCUAUUCUUCUAUUUGGCAGUAAAUCCAAAUAUAUUUAUCUUUUAUAAAAGACAAAUUUAUCGAGCCCUUUUAUCAGAAUCGAAGGAUUUACGGUGGUAUAAAGUAGUCCAUUUUUUUGGAGCUUUUGGAGUCUGCGUACUUGAUUAAUUCAUAUAUGAUAUAAGGCUGCAUCUCAUUAAAAGUUGUGAGCGGGAAAUCUGUGAAUUUUUACAAUGCUCUUAAAGCAUGUCAAGCAACAACCAUUGUACUUAUGCCACACAAUGGAGAUGAUAGAGAGUGUUGAUAAGCUUACCCUUCUAUGUUUCUAAGUUUCUUUUGCAGCAGAUACCCUAGAGUCUCUCCAGCCUGUUACUUAAAGAUACUCUUUUUGUCAUCUCGCCUCUUCUUUCUUCAUCAAGAAUCAAAUACACAGAUAAUCAUCAAGAACCAACCAUUUCUAUUAUGCAAACAGUUCACAUUUUAUGAAGUUCUGAUUAAAUGUUUCUAAAUAUGUUGCUAAGCAUGUUUCUAUGAAUUGAUUAGCUGGACCAUAAUUUUUUUAAAUAUGUUGAUGAAUGUUUCAUCCAUUAUUUAAUGUAUCAUUCUCGAACUUUAAUUAAUUAAUUAAUUAAUUUAUUUAUUUAUUUAUUUAUUUAUUUUCCAGAGCAUAUGUUACAGACUUGAGUUAAAGCUGAAAUAAUGUUGAAAUAAUGUUUGCAUUUGUGUUGAAAUUUGAUUUCCAUGAAAUACAAUUAUUAUGAAUUCUCAUGAAACGUUUUCCCUUUUUGUGACAUUUCUGCUAACUAAAAAAGGAGGUUUGUAAACUGCAUCUCUGAUCUACUUCUGAAUAAUGCUGAUUUACCCCCCAAAUGUUCCUUAACAUUUAA